UUCCUCCAUAGAUAAUAGUAUUCCUCUAUGGUCUAUUUCCGUUAAAAGUUAUUUUAGGUGAUUGUUAUUUCGUGAAUUUUGCACAAAUUUGUUAAUAAUUCGGAGUUUUUGUGCAAAAUUGUUAUUAGAAAGUGACAAUGAGAUUGUUCCAUGCACUUUUACGUAAAAAAAUGCCGAAUGGCAAUAUUUUUACAGGGAAGCAUAGGCUGGUGAAGCAGGUCACCAAAGACGAUUUACGGAAGCUCAGAGAGCAGUUCGAAAUCGAAGAAAAAAACAUGUUUUACCUCAGAAAUUCGUACCUAACGCCGGAGCAAUCGGCUGGUCAUACAAAGGCCUUAGGUAGAAGAGAGGAAUUUCUUGCAAAAAUGCGUAACAGGAAAAGAGAUUUUUAUGAUAAUGUUACAAUUGAGUCCCGUCUUGGUCAUUUAAGACACUCGGAAGCAUGGGAUUAGCUAAUCAAAAACUCGCAUUAGUUUUAGGAAUUUAUUACUGUACAAACGAAAGAUUAUUAAACAUUUUUAUUUAAAA